GUUUUCUCGCAGGCUCCACCCCCCACUCCAACGAACUCCUCUGUUUGGUGCUCUACUCAGGCUCGUCGGAAGUCGGAAGCGACAGCCACGACGAUGCGUCCGCUCCGCUGCCUCGCCGUCCUCCUCGUCCUUGUCCUCCUCCCCGCGGCCGCGUGGACCCUGGCGCCUCCCCGCUUCCCGGGGCCCCAACCCCGCGCGCGGCAGGGAACCAAUGGGGUGGGGGCCUACGAGUACGAGACCCGGUACUUCCGGCAGCGGCUGGACCAUUUCAGCUUCCCCGGGGUCGGGGACGAGGACGAGCCGGCGGCGUUCUUCCAGCAGCGGUACCUGGUGGGCCGCGGCGGUGGGUGGGCCGGCCCCGGCGGGCCCAUCUUCUUCUACUGCGGCAACGAGGGCGACAUCACCUGGUUCGCCGCCAACUCCGGCCUCGUCUGGGAGGCCGCCCCGCGCUUCGCCGCCCUCGUCGUCUUCGCCGAGCAUCGUUACUACGGGGAGUCCAUGCCGUUCGGGAGCAAAGCCAAGGCGUACAACAAUUCCAAGUCCUUAGCGUAUCUAACGGCCGAGCAGGCGAUUGCUGAUUUCGCUGUGUUGCUCACUGACCUCAAGAGGAACUUAUCCGCAGAGGGCAGCCCCGUGGUGCUCUUUGGGGGCUCAUACGGUGGAAUGCUAGCUGCUUGGAUGAGACUCAAAUAUCCACAUGUUGCUGUCGGGGCACUCGCAUCAUCAGCUCCAAUCUUGCAGUUUGAGGACAUCGUCCCUUCUACCAUAUUCUAUGAUCUCGUGUCGGAUGAUUUUAAGAGGGAAAGUUUAAGCUGCUUUCACACAAUAAAAGACUCUUGGAAAGUAUUAGAUGAACAAGGAAACGGGCAAGAUGGUCUUAUGAAACUAAGCAAAACUUUUCACCUUUGCCAGACACUGAAAACAAGUGGGGACCUUUCAGAUUGGUUGAGCUCAGCAUACAGUUAUCUUGCCAUGGUGGAUUACCCAAUUCCUUCAGAAUUCCUCAUGCCUUUGCCGGCCAAUCCUAUUAAAGAAGUGUGCAGGAAUAUCGACAGCCAACCUGAGGGUACUAGUAUUCUGGAACGCAUAUACGCAGGAGUAAAUGUAUACUACAACUAUACCGGUACUGUUGGCUGCUUUGAUCUGAAUGAUGAUCCCCAUGGAAUGGGUGGAUGGGAUUGGCAGGCUUGUACUGAGAUGGUAAUGCCUAUGUCCUACAGUGAAAAUAGGAGCAUGUAUCCACCAUACAAAUUUGAUUACGCUUCCUAUGCUGAUAGUUGCAUCAAAAGCUAUGGUGUCAGGCCAAGGCCUCGGUGGAUUACUACCGAAUUUGGUGGGCAUCGCCAAAACAUUUAUUGAAGUGGUGUAACACUCGUGGCCUCGAGAUCACUCAAGACGUGAGGAAAUUAACAGAAGCACAAGAAUUCCAUGGAGGAAGGAGGACAGCUUCCUCUUCCGUGAUGAGUUUGUUGAUAAGAUAAUUCGAUACUGGUUCGGUUACAUCCCGUGGCUUAAUAGCUCACGUCCACAUUUGGCCUCGGGCCCACAAUUCAGCAAUUACUAAUAAAGUUCUAUUACAGAUAAAACUAUAUAGGUAGCGUAUUUCUUUAGUGCGUCUUCUCCUCCUGUAGACGUAUACUUGCUUGGCGUGGCGACAGCCAUGACAUUGCCCCCCCCCCCCCCCCUCAUGCUGGCACCUGUCCCCAGGUGCCCACCACAGGAAACCUCUUCUGAAGAACGUAGAAGUCUUCCCAGGUAGCCGCGUCUGAAGGAAAUCCCGUCCACUUGACCAAAGCCUGCGGAAUUGCCGUGUUGCCCUUCUUCACUAGACGACGAUCCAGAAUGAGUUCCGGUCGUGGAGAGUGAGCACUGAGGUCCACGAGCUUGUUAAUGUCCGAGAAGACUGGAGUAUGAUCAGGUGUAUAGGGCUUAAGCUGGGACACGUGGAAGACAUUAUGAACCUUGCUAUCAGCAGGAAGAUCAAUCUUGUAAGCAGCAGUACCAAUCCUCUCCAGAAUAGUGUAAGGGCCAAAGAACUUGUAGGCAAACUUAGGGAAUGGACGGUUAACCACUGAGCUUUGUGUAUAUGGCUGUAACUUCAACAGUAUCUGGUCCCCGACAGCAAAGUGUCUGUCCACUCUGUUUUUAUCUGCUUGUAACUUCAUUCGGUUCUGAGCCACUGCCAAUUUCUCUUUUAGCAUGGUGAUGUGCUCGGCUCUGUCCUGCAACAUCUCAGUGACUAUAGGAUCAGUAGGUGGAAGCUCAGAUGGUGGAGGUACUAGACCCAAACUAGGUUCAUAUCCAUAGAGAGCUUUGAAAGGUGAACACCCCAAUGUUGUGUGGAAUGAAGAGUUGUACCAUAAUUCUGCCAUAGGCAACCACUUUUUCCAUUUAGAGGGAGAUUGCUGAACUGCACAUCUCAAGUACAUUUCCAAGCAUUGAUUCACUCGUUCAGUUUGCCCGUCGGUUUGCAGAUGAUAGGCUGUGCUGUGUAAUAAUUUAGUGCCCAAAGCUGUGAAUAAUUCUUGCCAGAUGUGACUGAGGAAGAUUCUGUCCCUAUCAGACACCAUAGUGUUAGGAAUGCCAUGUAACUUCACAACAGAAUCCAGCAACAACUUGGCCACUUGGUGAGCUGUAAAAGGGUGUUUCAGGGGAAGAUAGUGGGCAUAUUUGGUGAAUCUGUCCACAAUGACCCGAAUAAUAUUAGAACCUUCAGAGAUUGGCAAACCCUCUAUGAAGUCCAGUGAUAUGUCCUGCCAGGCUCCCUCUGGUAUUGGAAGUGGUUGGAGAAGACCUGGUGGAUGGCAAUGUUCAUGUUUAGCCUGUUGACACACCACACAUUGUUUCACAAAAUCCUCAACUUGCUGUUUCAAACCCUUCCAGUGAAAGAGGUGUUUCACUUUGUGAUAAGUAGAAUGAAUCCCAGAAUGGCCUCCAAUUGGACUAGAAUGAAGAGCUAAAAUCACUUUGGUGCGUAGUGCAGAGUUGUUAGCAACCCAAAUGUGGUUAUCUUUCUUGAUGACCCCCUGUUCCAGAUAAAAACCUCUUUCAUCAGGGGAUUUAAUGGCUAAAGAUUGCAACAAUGACUGAGCUUCAGGAUCAGUAUAGUAAGAAUUGAGGACCUCCUGAAUCCAAAGAGGAGUAGCUUCAGAAACUGCCUGUAAGGCCAUUAAAUGUCCCACACGAGAAAGUGCAUCAGCAGCUAUGUUUUCUUUUCCUUUUUUGUACACAACUUUGAAUUGCAGACCCAUCAUUCGAGUCAUGGCCUUCCUUUGUAGGUCGGACUGUAAGUUCUGCUCAGUCAGGUAGGACAAACUCUUGUGAUCAGUUCUAAUGAUGAAUUCCUGCCUCUGUAGAUAAGCUCUCCAUUUCUCCACAGCCAUAAUUAGAGCCAGAAAUUCCUUCUCAUAUAUGGACAGAUGUUGAUGUUUGGGUCCCAAAGCCUUGCUGAGAAAAGCCACAGGUCUGUCCAGCUGCAUAAGAACUGCUCCCACACCAGUAGAGCAGGCAUCUGUUUCAAUGGUAAAAGGAAGAUUGAAGUCAGGAAUUGCUAGGACUGGAGUAUGGGACAUAAGCUGCUUCAGAUUGUAAAAAGCCUGAUCAGCAGCAGGAGACCAACUGAACUGAUUCUUUUUGAGCAGAUUAGUGAGUGGUUUGGCCACAAUUCCAUAAUUCUUCACAAACCUCCUGUAAUAUCCAGUGAGUCCAAGAAAACCCCUCAAUUCAGUUGUAGUUGUUGGUGUGGGCCAUUGCAGCAUAGCUGCAGUUUUGGUGGAGUCAGUGGCCACUCCAUCUCUAGAAAUCACAUGUCCCAAAUGCUCAAUUUGUGUCUGAGCAAAGGAACACUUACUGCUCUUGAGAUAAAACUUGUGUUUCCUCAGUUGCAACAGAACUUCUCUUAAGUGGCCAGAUGGGCUUCCCAUGUAGGACUGUAGAUGAGAAUAUCAUCUAAGAAAACUAACACAAACUUUCUGAGGAAUGGCUGCAGAAUAUCAUUCAUCACACAUUGAAAAGUGGCUGGUGCGUUGGUGAGUCCAAAAGGCAUCACUCUAAAUUGGAAAUGUCCAUGGUGUGUUUUGAAAGCAGUCUUAUGCUCCUCUCCAUCUGCCAUACGAAUUUGGUGGUACCCUGCUGUCAUGUCCAACUUAGUGAAGGACUGUGUACCAGCCAAUUCAUCCAAAAUCUCUUCGAUGAUGGGUAGAG